UAUUCUACAAGACAUCAGUCGAAGAAAGGCGAUUGAAGAAUCAAGAUGGGUAAACUAAUUCUUGUACUCUCCGUGCUCGCGGUCUUCUUGAUCGCCGAGUCAUCGUGUCAGAAGUUUAUCAGACCCACAUACAGACCCCCACGGCCACGUUACACAGUGGGACCAGUUCGUCCACAUUUGAGAAUUCGUCGCGACGCUGACGAUGAGCCGCUCUGGUUGAACCAGGGAGAUGUACCAAAGGCGCCUUCAUCAGCCGACCACCCGGUGCUGCCAUCUAUCAUCGACGACGUAAAACUGGACCCUAACAGGAGGACGGCUCGCAGUCUAGGCACUCCCUCACACGUGUCUCACGGGCAUGUAGGAGGUAGCAAGAGGACCUCCAGCCGAGACACAGGGCCUACUCAUCCAGGGUACAACCGCCGUAAUGCUAGAUCUGUUAACCGACGAUUAAGCCAUAGGAUCCCCAUCCCCACCACGCCACCGUUCAACCCUGGCCCUCCUAAGAUGCCUAUUUACGCCGUGAACCACUAGGAUGAAGUAUACCUACUUGGUGAACUUGGUACCUACUAGGUAAAUGGUAGGGGUACCUAAGUACUUUUUUAUAUAAGUUUUUUUAAGUGAUGUUUUGUUGCAGUGUACUUACUUUAAAUAAAUUGUUUUUACUAAA